CGCGGUCACUUUACUCUCCUCUCCGUUCAGUCUGGCUUGCUUUCAUGUUCCGGAUCGUCAACGCUGAUCGACGCGCCAUCUCACCGUCAGUUUGCGCACUAAACAGUCGAAUUUGAGGAUCAUCGGGUGUGCGCGCGCGAUCGCCCGUUCAACUGAGUGAUUCAAACGCUUCGCCGGUCCGAUCAGUUGUCGUUGGACCGCCGUCGGAUUAGGUCGUGAAAGUCGGAGCAGAACCUGCUGGACUGUGUGUGUGUGUUCGGAGCUUUGUAAGGCCCUGAUAAGAAGGAAGGAUUAAGUGGCUGGUGACUCGACUUUGGAAAGGUCGCAUGAAAGUGUAUGAAAAAAGGGAUCAGGUUACGACGACUGAACGGGGAUCGAUUACCUCAUUCUUGAGGUUAGUUUUUUUUUAUUUUGAAGAGGAGUUUAGUGUCCAGGCCGGAAGUAUGGAGUGUCUUGGCGGGGAGUUUGGGAGAGCUGAUCAGAAGACCAUGCUGAGUUGGUCCAGGCGGUGAGAAAAGAUUUUGCGGUUGAGGAUAGUUUGACGAAGAAACCGAAGAUCACCUGAAGUGUUCAACGAAGAGUUCAACGGGGUGUAAUUUGAAACAGGUGAAAUGUGUUAUCAGCGCAGGGGUUGAAGUUUGAAACAAGUGGUUUCUUGAGAAAAAGGUGAAUCUUAAGGGGAUCAAUCGGGGGAGUUACGAUGCAACGGAUUUUGGUGCUGUUGGUGGUGGUGAUCUUAGCUGGCAGUCAGUCCCGGGGUCAAUCGUUGACGGAGGUUGAGCUGGAGGAUGACUACCAAGUGGCGACCCAGGAGUUGGAGCAGCAUUGCGUCCAUCGCUGUCCGGACCAGAACCGAACCGGCUUCAACGAGCACCUCGACGCCAGCUGUGGCAGUGAUUGCUACCUUGCACAGUGUGCCGUCGGUUGCAAACUCUGGGAGCUAGCGCUGGAAUCUUCCUGCCAAAAUGUUUGCAACAAAACCGACCAGGACCUGCUGGAGCCCAAGGAGCUGUACUGCGUGAUGGGCUGUAACGACGCACUAAACCGGUACUUCCGGUGGCUCAAGUCGAUGAUCGGGACGCCGCCAGCACCGGCGCUGGUCGCCGACAGCUUGACGGCCACGUCCCUCUCGCUCGAGUGGGAAGUUCCGAAGUGGUUGGUGCAGUUUUCGCACUACAAGAACCACAGCCCGCAGAGCUACCUGGUGCAGUGGCGGUACGAGGAGGUCGCCGGCGACUGGAAAUUCUGCAGGAACCAGAGUAUGGGCGAUAACUCGACGAUACGGGUCGAUAAUCUGCAGCCGUACACCAAGUAUAGGUUCCGGGUAGCGUUGCUCCUGUCGCCCCACCACGACGAGGUGCUCAUCUCGGAGCAGAGCGUCAUCAUCCUGACGCUGGCGCACGGACCGCCCAUGUCCGAGCCAAAAAUUGUACGCGCCGUUGCGGUAGACUAUUCACGAAUCUCCAUAUCAUGGGAACCCGGACCGUUCCCGAACGGUCCGGUCUUGUCAUACGUACUACAGAUCAAAGACAUCGACCCCUCAGGAUACAGUGCUCUCAAGGACAUCCCGGAGUCGAACUCGUCCCGGUACUACAUCUACGAGAAGCUGACCCCCGGACGGAACUACUCCGUUUCGGUGAAGAUGCGCAACCCGGAAGGGGAAGGUCCCCCUUCCACGACCUACGUACAGACACCGCCGCAACCGCUGGACCUCGAUGAGGACAUCCAGCCGACGUUGAUUCUCGGAGCGGAACGAUCCGUUCUCUCCCAAGGGUCGGACCUGCUGUCGGAUCCUCCGACGGACUUUUACCGCAGUCCGCACCACAAGAUCCGCGGUACGGCGAUCCACAUCCGCAAGAACCUGAUCUUCGUGUCCGAUGAAGCGGGAAACAUCGUGAAGGCUCCGCUACUUAAAGGAGCUGAGAAGAACCGAACGAUCAUUCUAACCCCGGAAGCGGGUCACAACUUCAAGCCUACCUUACUAUCGGUAGACUGGCUCAACGACCAUCUGUACAUCCUCGGUCAAGUCACCGUCAACGGACUGUGGCAAAUCUCGCGCUGUGACUUCAACGGAGAUCGUAUGACGGUAGCGAUCGCUGGACUACAGCGACAGCCGAUACACUUUGAGGUCGACCCGUACAACGGGUAUCUGUUCUGGGUCAUUCGUACUUUCUACGCCGAUGCCGGCCUCUUCCGGCUCGAUCUCGGCGACAUCUCAAACGGAGUCAAGCAUGAAAUCACACCGAUACAGUUGAUCAACCACCACAACCUGGGCGCCUUCGCCGUUGAACACACCAGAUUUCGCGUACUCGUAGCAGAUCAGGACAGCAACACCGUGCUGGCGAUUUCGCUCGACGGCAAAACCAUCGAGAACAUCCGCAACAACACGCAGAGUCCGCGCUUCAAGCAGGUCAAGGCGAUUACGUACGCCAACGAGCUGUUCUACUGGACCAACGGAAAGGAGGUGAUCGCGGAAGAUCUGCACAAGAAGCAAAACUUGUACUACCACAAUGCGUACCCGUUCGCGCUACCAAUCACGUACUUCACAAUCUGUGCGAAUCUCUCCUCGGCGCAGCCGAUCCCAGUUCCGGUUAACCCGCCACGCAACGUCCAAGCUCUGCUGACCAACAAGAAGAUCAAGAUAUUCUGGAACGUGCCGCACCUGCUCGGCAUCAAGGGCAAGGGUGCCUGGCAGGAGUGGAUGUACAAGCUGGAGCUGGUCGCGGAAAUCACGGGCAAGGUGGUAGCAUAUCCGGACAUUACCGGAACCACCUUCACGUCCAUGGACGUAGAGCUGCUCAAACCGGGACAAGAGUACGUGAUCAAGGCGGCGGCGUACACCCCGGCAGGUCGUGGUCCCUGGGGUACGGAGUUCCGGGUGCGAACGCUCAAGGACAGCCACGAGCGGCAUCUGCUUUGGUCAGGCAGUGAAGGAAUCAUGCGAAGUGACGUGAUCGGUGACGGCGUUGAAACGCUGAUCAGUCGGACGGAGCUGGAGGACGGGGUUGUGACGGAUAUCGCGUGGUUCGAGAGUAUCUUGUACGUGGUGAGCAACUCGUCGCUGGUGUUCUACAAUCAGAGUGAAAGUGGGAUUGGGAAGGUUAGGGAACUGGAGUCGGUUGAGUGCGUGACGGUAGACUGGAUCGGACGACGACUUUACUACUACAACCCGUCGCAGCAGAUGAUCAUGCGGAGCAGUCUGCACGGUGAACAACACGAACCAAUUCAUAACGUGAAGAACGUGCGGGAGAUCAAGUUUGAUGCGCUGCGGGGGUACAUCUACUACACAUCGGAGUUUUCGAUGGAAGCGUUCCGGUUGAACGGGAAAGACAAGCAUAGCUACUACAUGGAGAACGAUCGAUUCACUGGAAAGGUGGUGAUCGGAUUGACUCUCGAUAUGGAUAACGAGCGGGUUUACUGGAUCGUACGAAGCAUCAGCAACUCGGAACUGUUCAGUGCACACAUGGCUGGAACGGGAACCGGGAAGAUAUCAUCGAUGGUGACGGUGCUUUCGGAUCAGUCCCCACGAGGGUCGUUGACCCACUUUAGCGAUCGUCUUCUCUGGCUUCAGCAUGAUGAGGUUGUCGUAGGAGAUCUGCAAGGAAAGAACCUCGCGCACAUCAAGAACCAGAAGCUGAGCGGAGCUCGAGCAUUCACGAUCAUCGACCCGGCACAUCACAUCUAUCCGGAAGACGUACAGAACAUCAACGUGCUACCGAUGAAGGUCAACGACAGCUCGAUCCGCAUCCAGGGCACCUGGAAAAAGUUCAGCAUCGUGUGGGAUCCGGUAGCGAACGUCAACUACGGCAAGGUGUUCUAUAAGCUGACGAUCAAGGUCAAGAGCAGAACCGAAAUCCACGAGCUGUCAAAAACAUCGUUCGCUUUCAAUUCAGCUGGAGCGAACUUCGUUCCAGCGCACACGGAAAUCAACGUCACCAUCAGCGCCUUCACGUACUGGCGAUCGUCAAUCUUCUCCAGCGCGCGACUGUACAGUCCUUCGGGAAAGCCAUCGCCACCGUUGCGCCCCCGAGUGUUCGUCAAGCACUUCCAGAACCCCAUCCAGAACUCGCACAGCAUCGACGCAACGUUCCGCUGGUCGCCACCGAAGAACUCCAACGGACCCAUCAUCGGGUAUAAGGUGCACUGCUCGUACGAGGAGGACGACACCGUCAAGCACGUACUGCAGGGUGAGCUGAUCAACGGUACCGAGCGGAUCGUCCCCAACCUGGUCCACAACGUGAGUUACUCGUUCCGCGUGCAAGCUCUGACGAGUGCUCGCGAAGGUGACUUGACGGCGGCGCAGGUGAUCAACACGGCUGAGGAUCAUCCGAUUCCACAGGCACUGAUCGUAACCUCGGAACAUGUUUUCUUGUACGACUUUGACUCACAGCAGUCGACGAACGUGGUGGGGACAUCGACGCCGAUCAACUUUAUCGUUCGACUGGACAGGGAAGGGAAGCUGUUCUGGGUGGAUGAGAAUAACGAGCUGUUCCAGUUUUACGGAAGUUCCAAGACGAAGCUGCAUACGAUCAGCGGACCGGUGCAGUCGUUGACGAUCGAUUGGAUUCAGCGGGUUCUGUACUGGUCCCAGCUGGAGUCGGUGGGUAGCGCAAUCUAUGCGUUCGAUCUGAACCGAAGUGACAAGGAGGCCGUUCAUUUGGAGAGGAUCGUGUACAGAGCUGGGAAUAUGAGCAACCUGGUGGUUUCGCCUAUGGAUCGGAAGCUCUUUUGGACGGAAAGGGUUCCGGAGGAUGUCAUAUUUGUGCACUCGUUUGAGGAGAACAAGACGGAAGAGUUCUUCGACGAUAGCUUCGAGGAGUGUCCGAAUCGGACGGCUGGGAUUACGGUACAUCCGGUGCUGACGCUGCAAACGUCGGUAGAUGAGGAAGCUCGGCUGUUCUGGGCGGAGACUGGAGCUUUCCGGAGUAUCGGACUGAACAGCAAGACGUGCAUGAACUUUGAGUUCGAGUACAAUCCGGAGAUGCACAGUGUGGCGAAGGAUGGCGAUCACUUUUACUGGCUGGAGAAGGAUACGGCGUUUGUGCGGAUGGACUAUGGGGGCUCGAUCGAUUCGGAGAAGUUUGAUGAGAUCAGGACUUUGCUGCCGCUAAGGUUGCAGUAUUAUCCGGAGAGACGGUGCUUGAUUCCACUACAAAAGGAGCAGGAUUAUCAGGUCAAGUUGCUCCAGCGAACUGAGGACUCACUGACACUGUUGCUGCCUAAGGCAGAAGUGCACCAGAACUGUACGAUAGAACCGAGCGCUAUUCGGUACCAAAUAUUCUACGAAGAGUACAGACCCGUUCAAACUAACGAAACUGAAGACUGCGAACUGCGGAACUGCAGCUUGGUGAGCUCGUACGAUCGCAGUACGACCAUCCGGGGGCUGAAACCGUUCACCAAGUACCAGUUCCAGGUCAAACUAGUCAACUACUACCAGGAACAGAUAGGACUGACACAAGACUUGCUGGAAAGUCCGCGGUUGGGAUCACCAACGGUGUUCUCCACGGCCGCGGGAGCUCCCUCGACUCCGGAAAAUGUAAGUGCCGUGGCGAUCAGCCCCACGGAAGCGGUGGUCCACUGGUCACCGCCCAAGGUCAAGAACAGCGAUCGAGUCUGGUACGAGAUCCACUGGCAGACGGAGAACAUCCACGACGGGCUGAAGAACCGCCAGCAGCAGACGUUUGUUGAUUUCGACGAAACACUCAGCCACCUUUCGAUGAACCUGACGCGGCUGCAACCGAGCAAGGCGUACACGAUCUGGAUCCGGGCGUACUCUUCCAAUACGACGUUCAGCGAGAGCUACCAGGUGAACAUCGUUACGUUCCCCGAACCAGAGGAGAUCAUGCUUCAGUCCAUCUCGUCUACCGAGCUGAGCGUCAAGUGGAGACCGCACGUGAACAUCUCGACGUACAAGCUGCAGUACUCCGCGAUGGGAAGCAAGGUUUGGGAAACGGUGUUCGAGACGGGCGUCAACGUCAGCAGUCCGGAGGACGACAUCUUCCAAGUGACCGGACUGCAACCCAAGACACAGUAUCGCUUCAUUGUGCUGCUGUUCUACCCGAACCGCCAGGAUCCGUACAUGUGGCCAUCGGACACCAAGUUUAUCUACGAAACCGAAGCCGAUCGACCGAGCGCUCCAGGACGACCGAUCGUGACCCAGAUCCGGCAGGAGUUCUACCGAGUCAUCUGGGAAGCGGCAAAGGACAAUGGAGCACCGAUCCAGGAGUACGCGCUGGAAGCACUGGUGCGAUCCCCAAGGAAUACAAACCGCGUGGAACGAUCAGCGGUGACGGCUGCCGGCAGUGCCGAGCUGGAGGACUACGGCGAAGACGACAUGAACAACACGAUCCCGACUAGGGUGGACGUUUCGUCGACAGACAGCGAGGAGUACGAAACGUUCGACGAACACUGGGAGCAGGUGUACAACGGAACCGAAGUGUACUGGUUCAUCCCGGAGAAUCGACCUCUGCACAAACACACCUUCCGGGUGCGGGCAAAGAACUCCUGCGGCUGGGGACCGUACAGCGGCGAAAGCGAACCCAUCAGCGCUCCUCUAAUCUCCGGCCAAGCCAGCAGCUUCCUAAUCAUCGGAGUGAUCGCUGCUUCGAGCAUCCUGCUGCUGAUCUUCGUGCUGAUAUGCGUCUGUGCUUGCCGCGCUCGCGCAGAGAAAGAAAAGAACAAAUUUAUUGAUGCAACCAAUACUACUCGCAUUCCAGAUGUGGAGCUAGCGAACCUCCGCGAGCUGCCCCGCCGGGGCAAUUUCAUUCACAGCAACAACAUCCUGUACAGCUCCGGGCCGCUCACGGACUCGGAGAUUGCGCUGCUGCCGCAGAUCCGGCGCGAUCAGAUCACCAUGACCAGAUUCCUGGGCUGCGGAGCGUUCGGUGAGGUGUACGAAGGCAUUGUCAAGGGGUUCGGUGCCGAAGCGGAGACUAGUGUGGCGAUUAAGACCCUUCGCAAGGGCGCUACCGAGCAGGAGAAGGCCGAGUUCCUGCAGGAAGCACACCUGAUGAGCAACUUCAAGCACAAGCACAUCCUGAAGCUGAUCGGCAUCUGUCUGGAGUUCGACUCGCUGCUGAUCGUGAUGGAGCUGAUGCAGGGUGGUGACCUGCUGAGUUACCUCCGCUCGAACCGGCCCACGCCGGGGGUACCAUCCUCGUUGACGCUGCUGGAUCUGAUCAGCAUGUGCGUGGACGUUGCGACGGGCUGUCGGUACCUGGAGGAGACGCACUUUGUGCACCGGGACUUGGCUUGCCGGAACUGCUUGGUUUCGUCGCCGGAUCCGAAGGAUCGCGUGGUGAAGAUCGGUGACUUUGGACUGGCGAGGGAUAUCUACAAGAACGAUUACUACCGGAAAGAUGGCGAGGGAUUGCUUCCGGUGCGGUGGAUGUCUCCGGAAAGCUUGGUGGAUGGAGUGUACACCUCGCAGUCGGACAUCUGGGCGUUUGGAGUACUGCUUUGGGAGAUCAUGACGCUUGGGCAGCAGCCGUAUCCGGCGCGGAACAACGUUGAGGUUUUGCAUUACGUCCGGGGUGGUGGUCGACUUGGUCGACCACAGGAUUGUCCGGAAGAGCUAUACCAACUAAUGCUUAAAUGCUGGAGCUACUCACCCGAGGAUCGACCAACGUUCCGGUACCUGCUGGAGGUGCUCAAGUCACUGAAGGAGCGCACCAGCGACUCCAUCCAGAUCACUUCCCAGUUCCCAUGCAAGGUGCAAAACGGUGCGAUCUUUAACCGAUCCUAUCUGCUUUCCGACAUCAAUCACAAUCCGUUCAUGGCAGAUAUUAAAUUCGGCAGCAGCGGAAGCGGCGGGGCCUUCAUCAUAACCCCGCCAACGUCUUCGAGCGGUUCCGGCGCGACGGUCAUGACCACGACGAUACCAAAGUAUCUGGAGCUCGUCUACGACGACAACCACAGUUCCAACAGCAAGUGUUCCACCGGCGAAGACGUUCCGCUGACCACAGGCUUGACCGUGGCGCUGCCAAACUGCCAGCAAACCAUGGGUGAGACGACGGACAACGGGUACGAGAUCCCGAUCCACGAUAUCAUCCUGCGGCAGCAGCAAUCCCCGGCCGGAAGCUUCAAGGGUCGAACCUUCUCGAGCUCGUCGACGGUCAGCAACGUUAGUACGUUGCCUGCGUCGGCAGCCGGAACUUCCGGAACCCACCAGCACCAACCCCCUCGGAUAGACGACUGCUCCAGUCUGGAGGCACUGCUCCCAAUGAACUCGAUCCUUACCGUACGGUUACCGGACGAGGAGGAGUCGCUGCCGGCGCAAGCACCGUCACCGUCGGUUGACAGUGGCGCCGAGAACAAUAGUAUUAGUGGCAAAGAACAAUCGCAGCAGCAGGUCAGCUUACCGGCAGAGGAGUGCAAAACGGUUAUGUAAGGCGAAAGCGAAGUAGGCUAGUAGAAAACAAACACAAGUCGACACGUUAAGACAUUCCAAAGAAGCGACACGACACGCGCAGUAGGCGGUAGGUUUAGAUGCUCAAACUAGCGAUAAACAGCUAGAAACGUCACUUUGACAGUUAGAUAGUUCUUCCAAAUGACAUUUUAAAGCAAUUAAUUGUAAAUAGUUAGAAGCAGUCAGUUAGUAGUAAGCCAGAGGAAAACUCAGAAUAAGUUCCAAAUGUCAGUGUUCUCGUCGCCAAAAAAGGAACUUCCGGAUCAACCGCACUUGCCGGUGCAAGUGCAACCGUCGGAAGUUUCCGUCAAAUUUUCCUAAUAUAAUUACAGCAUAAAUUGUACAUAUAAUUUAACACGAACUGAAACGAGCAAAUUUUAAGCAAUCAAUACCAAAUUGUAAAUAGUCUCUUUUUUGCGUUUGCUGUCGGGUACAUGUGACAAUACCAGGGUUUACGGGUCACCCUUAUAUUAAAGGUGGCACUAACCUGCAAAAGUUAGCAUUUUUAAGGAACCUUUUAGUUGUUAAGGCAAACACACUGUCGCGUACUAUCUACUACUACUACUUCUGCAAUAAGUUAUUUUUCCGCUUAGCUUGUGUUUAUAGCUUCUAGUGAACUUUGACAGCUCGUUUUAAAGAUGGCGGCGCACGUGGCAACGAAACCAAAAAGAUGUUAGAGGUUAGAAAUAAAGAUGGAAAUAUUUUCACUGA